AUGGAUGAUAAGACUGAAACAUAUGAAUUCGACGAAGAUGAUCCGAACAAACCGGUUGGAGCUGGUUUCGCUGUGCUAGAUCCGAACAGCCCAGUAGAAGCUGGUUUAGCUGCGUUGGAUCCGAACAGUGAGCCUCCUGUAGUUCCAGUGGACCCAAAUCCUGUGGAACCUAAAAAUGUACUAGAAUUGAACGAAGCUGACACGAAGCUUCAGAGGAAAGUUGAUGAUAACCAACCUCCCGGAUUAAAAUUGGAGGAGGGUGGCCGUGAUGCUGAAAUAGACAAAUUUCCACUGCUCGGUGUCAGUAAGGACAUGGAAGGAGCAGAAGUUGUUGAGGUAGAAGGGGAGGCAAAAGAUGUUGUCUGGCUGAGUGUUUUGCUUCCAAGAUUUCCUGAUCUGAAAGCGUCCAUCUUUGUGGCCACGGAUGGUUUCGACGUUGUCGUUGCUCCAGACGACGUGCCACCGCCUCCAAGCCCACCAUUAUUGACUCCCGAUGUUCCGAAGAGCCCUGAAGUACUUCAACAUCCAGUAGCCAUUAAUGAUGAAGCUUCAAAGAAAAACAUGCUGUUAUCUGAACUAGAUCCUGCGAAGGCUGCAGUGACUAAUCCAGGAAAAACAGAACAGACUAAUAUUCAGAAGCUCGACUAUUACCUGUUUUCGGUUUAUUAG